AAAAUUUUGUAAGUGUGAAGAGAGAAGGCAUCGAGGGUUUUUUCGCAUUUGUUGUUGUUUACUUUGUUGUUGUUUGCUCUGUUACUGUUGAAAAGAGAGCUGUUGGAACAGAACAUUGUGAUGGAGAACUCCCAGGUUAUAGAGCAGUUCCUCAAGUCCUUGGACACUGGCAUACACAAUUUGAAGCCGCAGGUUGAGAGGCUCAUAUCCAAGUCGUUUGAAGAUCGGUGUAAUGAGUGUUCUGGCGAUGAUGCACUUGAGACCAUCCGUGUAGGGAACACGUAUGCGUAUGUGAUUGUGUCGCUCGGGUUUGCCUAUCUGAAGUCGAAGGGUGUUGACACUGCGAGCCACCCGAUCAUGCAAGACCUUGAGCGUGUAAAGAGCUACAUGAACAGAGAGAAGAGAGUGAAGGCCGGGGCAGAUGAUGCACAGAAAGAGGGUGCUAAUAGCGGCGAAGCUGUGAAGAGGUUCAUAAAGGGGGUAUUGGGGAGUCCGGCCAUAAGCGAUGAGAACUUCAAGGGCAAGCACACGAGGUUUGAGGAGUCUGGAGAGGCUAAAGAACGGGAGGAGAUUAGGAGGAAGGUGGUUGAAAAGAGUAAGACUAAAGGGAAGACUAAGAAGGUGACGGGGAAAGUGAAUAAGUAAUAAUAAGUAAUUGGUGAUUUCGAAGUGUGGUGGUGGUGGU